AGACCCCCUCUGCCCUCACUCCCCUUCCCUAGGCCAACAGAGUUAGGUACCCAUGUUUACAUAACAUACAAUAAACAGUAAAAUGGAGCAACAAGAGUGGGGCUCAGGGAUGAUGGUUUUGAGCUCCAUGUGUGCGUGGCCUGGUAGAGACACCCACCGCAAGGCGGCCUCCCAGAACUGAACAAUGGCCCAUUCCAGAUGCGACGGUACAAGGGUGGAAAUUUGGCACUAGCAGGUUCCUGGGCAGAUCGGUCACCACUGCACGAAGCAGCAAGUCAAGGUCGUCUUCUCGCUCUGCGAACAUUGUUAUCACAGGGUUAUAAUGUAAAUGCAGUAACUAUAGACCAUGUCACCCCCUUGCACGAAGCCUGCCUCGGAGACCAUGUGGCGUGCGCCAGAACUCUACUGGAAGCUGGAGCUAAUGUAAACGCACUCACGGUAGAUGGAGUGACUCCGUUAUUCAAUGCAUGCUCACAAGGCAGUACUAGCUGUACGGGACUUCUUUUGGAAUAUGGUGCCAAGCCCCAGCUGGAGUCGUGUCUUCCUUCUCCCACCCACGAGGCCGCCAGUAAAGGUCAUCAUGAAUGCCUAGAAAUACUGAUAUCCUGGGGCAUAGACGUUGACCAAGACAUUCCUCAUUUGGGAACUCCUCUUUAUGUGGCUUGUAUGUCACAGCAGUUCCACUGUAUCCGGAAGCUUCUUUAUGCGGGUGCUGAUGUACAAAAAGGCAAAUACUGGGACACUCCAUUACACGCUGCUGCCCAGCAGUCCAGCACGGAAAUUGUAAACUUACUGCUAGAAUUUGGAGCAGAUAUCAAUGCCAAAAACACAGAGCUUCUGCGACCUGUAGAUGUAGCUACUUCUAGCAGUUUGGUGGAAAGGCUGUUGCUUCAACAUGAAGCGACUCCAAGCACUCUUUGCCAACUUUGCCGACUCUGUAUCCGAAACUACAUAGGAAGACCAAGAUUGCACCUUAUCCCACAGCUCCAGCUGCCGACAUUAUUGCAGAACUUCUUACAGUAUCGAUAAUGCAGUAAAAUAAUUCUGAAUUCUUUCAAACUCAUUUCUAUUUCAUCCGCAUAGUGCAUAUUUUAUAUUAAAUUACGCUAGAGUGUAAGUGAAUAGGGGGCCCCAGUGAAGAGGUGAAUUUAAAUUAUAAGUGAGUACUAGUGAGUACUACUGUUUUAUGCAUUUUUACUGUUUUUUGGACUAUAGCAUAUUUAACAUCCCUAUAUGUUAUUAGUCAUUCCCAUGUACCCUUUUGGAUUUAGGGGGGAAAAAAAGGGAAAUCUCCAUUUCAUGUCUUUUUAAAGUGAAAAAGAAAAAUACGAACUCCUUUCUUCAAAUAAUGCAUUAACUUUUAAGUGUUAGCCACUGUAAUUGAUUAUCUCUCUGUAUUUUUCAUAUUAAUGCAAAAUAUGCGUAUGGUUUAGAAAAUAACAACUAAUAUCCUUUUUGAAAUAAAGAUGGCUGUCAUUCAGGAAACCCACUAUAUUGAAUGUGCCCCUGUAGUUAUAAUGAUCAAUUCAUGAAGCAAAGAUAACUUGCCCCUUCCCUGCAAAGAUCUCACUAGUCACUUCACCACCUUCAAUGUCCCCAUUCCAGAAAGUGGUGGGACUCUGGUUAUGGCUCCUUCUGUCUCAUCCUGAGAUGGUUGGAACAUUACACCCCUGCUAAGGUUUUUUAAGACCUCCUCCUUCUCCAGGGUGGCCUCUGAGAGUCUCUCUUCAGUGCUUGUGUACAUAGACUCCAGCCUUCUUCCGCCUCAGAAACUGUCGCUAGCUGGUGGGGCCUGGACCGAAGAAAUUGAACUUCAUACCCAAUUGAUAAAAAGGCCUCCGGGUCACGCUCCAGGAUCAGGGCAGUCCAAGGUUGUGGAAAACGGAAGAUGAAAAUCUCCUUAAAUUGUGGGGGUUUCAAAGAAAAGAAAGAGGGGGCGCCACUUAGCAAACUUAGAGACCUUAUAAAAUUAGCCCCAUACAUAGACCUUACUAGUGCUGUUUCCGGUCCCUCUUACACAAAGCAAGGGUUCGGUGUAGACUAUUAGGAAGGGAGUGUCGGGGUACAAAGUAGUGUCCUCUGCAAGGGUUCAGACUGUGUUCAGUGUCCUCUGCUUUAACUGUACUUCAAUGCAGUAGAAACCAUAAUGAAACAAAUUUUGUGCCUCCUUUGUAAUUUAGACAAGAUUUGAGUCUGCUGUGGACUAAGAAAUGAGAUAAUCCAGAUACUCACAACUGUGUGAAGUAGAAAAUAUUUUGAUGAGCUUUAUAAAUUUAUCAAAUGUUGAUAAAAUAUUUUGACCACGAUCUUAAUAACCCAGGGGCCUAUUUUCCUUUCUCCUUAGUUCUUGGCUGACUUUUGGAGAUCCAUGGGAAAUAAAACUAUUCUUGAAUGUAACCCCAAAGUCACUAAGAUUACCUUUUUUAAAAACCAUGUUUAGAUUUUCAAAAAUAGAAGUUAGGCUCUAGCAUGUUUGUUAAAAAAAUGUCUUCUAUGUGGCUAGUGAGUUUUAUGAGUCUGUUUUACUGAAUAUCCCAGCCUAACAAAUUUGAAAUGUCCUCAUGUAUAAUGUGCAUUUCUUUAUUAUAGAGUAAACUCAUUACAUAUAACUAGGUGUCAAACUGUUUUUCUAGUAAAACAGGUUUCUACUAGUAUUUUCCCUGAGCUAGAGGUAGUUCUUAGAGUGUAAGGAAAUAUAAUUCAUCCCUUAGAGUGUAAGGUACCAAUAAGAGAAGUAAAUACCAAAUAUUAAAAUUAAAAUGGACACCUUAAAAUUUUAGUAUGCUGGUAUCUUGUAUCUUUGCUUGAGUAUGAUUGUCUUAUCAAAGAAGUGUUCUAAUUUAAAUAUAUCAUCUGUUUGUUAAUACAUUAAAGUGUGACUAUUUUCCCUGGAAUAAAACACCUUUUCU